AUGGACGAAAGCCAAGUUAGAAAUUUGUUUGUGGUUCGACAUGGUGAACGUUGUGAUAACUGUUUUAAGAAACAAGGAAUCAAAUGGUACGAAAAGGCUUUCGAUAAGUUUGGAAAUUACACUCAGUUUGAUCCAAAUCUUCCCGAGUUUUUGCCGAAAAGAGCUGAUGUUAUCAAGUAUUAUGCUCAUGAUUCACCAAUUACAAAUCGUGGUUAUUGUUCAGCACUAAAAGCAGGUGAAAGCCUUCGAGUUAAUGGUGUAAAUAUAGACGCUGUUUAUUCUUCACCUUCAUAUCGUUGUAUUCAAACGGCUGAUGCAAUUAUUAAAGGUCUAAAAAAUGAUGAACUUUUUAUUCGUAUCGAUCCUCAUCUCUAUCAAUGGACACGAUGGUGCAACGGGGUCUUGCCAAAUUUCUUAAACAUAAAAGAAUAUGCUGACGUUGGGUUCCCAGUUGACACAUCAUAUAUUCCAUUUUCCGACGUCAAGACAUUAAGUAUGAAAGAAUCACUCGAAGAAUUUUAUGCUCGCUCAUAUGAUAUUAUUAAGAAAAUUUUGCAGAAUUCUCAAGGUACGAUUCUUGUUGUCGCACAUGCUGGCUCAUUAGAUACUCUUACUCGUGAACUCUGUGGUUUUCAACCACGAGAAACCGAUGAUUUUCUCAAAUAUAUAGUAAAAAUCCCAUAUUUAUGUUGCGCUCAUGCCAGCAUAAAGUCAGCGAAUCUGUGGCGAUUAGAAUCAAUCGCGAAAAUUGUUUAG